CAUCACGUGAAUUGAAAUUUGUGUCCCUUAUUCCUAGUUUAUCUGAUUCCGAUAAAAGCUUCUUACUGAUUCGUAAUUUCUACGUGACAUUCCCAUCCGAGUCACAUAUUGUCAUAUCCAUGCUAGGUGAUUGUUACGUAGCAGUUUAGCGUAGUGUAACAUAUUGACGCUACGUGACUUUCCAGUGUGAAAAAAACUAUCAAAAAAUCAACAUGGCGUCGGACAUACUUGCAGACCUGGAUAUUUCUCGCGAUUUGCUGGACAUUUUUGAGCAGUGUGAUAUUGGACUUUACGAGCUGCUGACGCUGUCUCUGCAGGAUUUAAAGGAGUAUUUGGAGCAAACGGGAGUAAAUUGGUCGUACGAGAAUCUUUUCGAGCGUAUCACGUCGUGGAGGAAGCGAAACAAAACACAGAUAGCACAACUGCUGCUCAGCGGAAGCUCACUUCAAGAGCCACCGGAAGCGGCAGCUUCCAGUUCACUGCCGAAAGCCGACGAGCAUUUUGAAAUCGUCACCGAGAUCAUUCUGCACCCGGAAUCCCAACCCGAGGAAGAACAGGAAUCCCAACCCGAGGAAGAACAAGGAGAGUCACAGCAAGAAGAAAAGGAGGAAUUGCGAGAAAAAAGUACCGACGUCGAAAAUAGCCAGCCUGAACCUCUUGCGGAAGAAAGAGUACAGUCGCCGUCGGACCAAUUGGAUACUUCGCAGUCCGAGAAAACUAAUACAGUGGCUGAAGACGUAAAUAAGCAUUCAUCCCCAUCUGUGCAGUCGUACCCAGACCAGCAAUCGCGGCCAGAUACAUCAAGGCUGAUAACGCUUAACCCUGAGUGGCUUAACGGACUGCUGCUUUCGUCCGAGAAAGGAAAGGAUAUUUUACGCAGAUCGGAGCAUGGGGAACUCUCCGAGCCGAAGCAGCAGCAGUUGGCAGAAAUAGUGGCCAACUACCAUAUUUCGUUACACCGAAACCUGCGUUCUGAGGACCUCGAAAACUACAGCUUGGCCAUAACAACGUUAUUCAAAUCAGAGAAGAAGGUUCGUAUUAACAUAUGAUAUUAAAAUAAUCGCUUAGAACACUAAAAGAAUAUUUUUUAGGAAAGUUAUUACAUUCCGAGAGGGGGAGACCGCAAAAACCCUGGCGGCAAAAUAGCCAACAAGAUCGGCAACCUAAAACAAAAGAAGCGGAAGGAAGAAGCUAGAGAAGAUGAGCACGUGAAGAAGCUGAAACCCAGUUCCGCCCCGCAAAAGGUUCAAGCGGUAAAUGAAGGAACUCAGUGGCUGAUCCUGAACGUGCAACCGUGGUCAACAGUGCUGGACAAAUGGCCAGUGAGCUUCAGCUUCAGGCAACCGCUGCUGCAGAAACAAAAAUCGGCUGCUAAAUUAUUGCAGAAGUUUCCGCACUAUAAAGAGGAAUUCGGAUACCAACUGGUGAGUAUUUAUCUAAGGGAAGAUUCAAAUAUUACGUCCAUCAUUUUUCAGGAUUUCUAGACCUCCCCUCUGUCACGCUAUUUUCCUAUACCUAAUACACUUUCGUAGACCCCCACCCCCCCCACCCCCACCAAUUGUUGGACGUAAUUUUUGAACGUUCCCUAAUGCAGGUGUAGCUAUUAACAAGUAAAACUUAUGUAUAAAUUCUUUUGUCUAGAUUGAUAAAGACUUUGCAUCGAUUUACCCAGAAGCACCGACUGAGUUGGAUAAAUUGAAAGAGGUUUGUAACGCUGCCAGACCUUUCAUCGAGAAGCAGGCGACUGACCCAUCAGCUAGUGCACUACUGAAGCACUUCGACAGUACUAGUGAAGGUAAAUGCUAUCAUAUUGAUAUAUAUUAUUCAAUAAUACGGUCAGAUCGACAAUCCGGAGGGGCAUUCAGAGGCUCCUAAGCAAUCCUAACAACGGUUAAAUCUGGAACAUAUAUUUCAGGCAAAAGAUUUUCGAAGCAAUUUAAUUGAGCCCAGUUACGAUAAAUCAGGCAAACCACUAUUUUUCAAACUGAAGUAAAGACUUACUGUUUGAUGUACAUUUGGCUCAUCGAGUAAUACUGCUGAUCUCCUUCACAAUGCUGAU